GAAAACAGAAAAAGAAAAAAGUAAAGUAAAUUCUCUUUCUCUCUCUCCGUCCAAAUUUUUUAAAGUUCUUUUAUCCGCACGUGUUCGAAUUCUCCAUCCUCCUUCUUUUUCUAUCUCACCUUCUUCAUGACUCUCAUCCUUAGACCUUACCCCUCUCUCUUAUGUUCCUUGCUUUGCUUCAUGUACUUUCUUCCAACUGAAAAAUAAAAAAAUAAAAAAAAUGAAAUUCCGAAACUCUUUAUUUUACUUUAUGAUCAUAUUUUCAUCAACCGUUAUAAUUCUGGAACACUUCGCGGUUUCAACCGCCGUGAAAAUACCUUCCGCCGCUUACGACCGUGUUUUGUUCUCCGAUCGGAGAUGCUGCGAUCGAGAGAACAACGAGUUAACUCUCUCACCGUGCAAAAACGUGACACGGAAGGCUAAGACAGCGACGAACUGCGAAGUUUGGAACGAAGCAUGUUCAGAAGCGGUGUUAAGCGUAGCACGGUUGCCGGAGACGGUGGAGUGGUUGAAAAGUGUUCGGAGGAAGAUCCAUGAAAAUCCGGAGUUAGCUUUUGAGGAAAUCGAGACAAGUCGUUUGAUAAGAAAGGAGUUGGAUCUGAUGGAAGUUAGUUAUCGUUACCCGCUCGCGAAAACCGGUAUUCGUGCUUGGAUCGGUACUGGUGGACCGCCUUUUGUUGCCGUUAGAGCUGACAUGGAUGCACUUCCCAUCCAGGAGGGUGUGGAGUGGGAGUACAAGUCUAAAGUUGCCGGCAAAAUGCACGCUUGUGGGCACGACGCACAUGUGGCGAUGCUCAUUGGAGCUGCCAAGAUCUUGAAAACUCGAGAGCAUUUAUUAAAGGGUACUGUAAUUCUGUUAUUCCAGCCAGCAGAAGAAGCUGGGAAUGGUGCAAAGCGAAUGAUACAAGACGGUGCUUUGGAGGAUGUGGAGGCUAUAUUUGCAGUUCAUGUAUCCCAUGAGCACCCGACUGGUAUGAUUGGGUCGAGGCCUGGACCCCUGUUGGCUGGAUGUGGAUUUUUCAGAGCCGUGAUAAGUGGGAAAAGAGCCUCUGCUGCGAACCCUCGUAACUCUGCUGAUCCUGUUUUGGCCGCUUCAGCAGCAGUUAUCAGCAUACAGGGCAUUGUCUCCCGCGAAUCAAAUCCAUUGGAUUCACAGGUCGUGUCUGUAACUUCAUUUAAUGGAGGCAAUAGUCAUGACAUGAUACCAGACUCAGUGGUCAUUGGUGGGACCUUCAGAGCGUUUUCUAACACCAGUUUUUACCAGCUGCUAGAAAGAAUAGAGCAGGUAAUUGUGCAACAGGCUAGUGUUUACAGUUGCUUUGCAGAAGUUGACUUCUUUGAAAAGGAGUACACUAUUUACCCUCCCACGGUUAAUGAUGACCAAAUGUAUGAGCAUGUGAAAAAAGUGUCCAUCGAUUUGCUGGGUCAAAAGAAUUUCAGGGUAGUCCCACCUAUGAUGGGUGCUGAAGAUUACUCUUUUUACUCCCAGGUCAUUCCUUCAGCUUUCUUCUACAUAGGGAUAAGGAACGAAACACUAGGGUCUACUCACACAGGACACUCUCCACAUUUCACGAUCGAUGAAGAUGCUCUACCAAUAGGAGCUGCUGUUCAUGCCACCAUUGCAGAGAGGUACCUCAAUGAACAUGGUUGAUCUCGGAAACCAUGUCCUUUCCACUUUGUACAAAACCAGUACACUGGUUUAUCCGUCCUCCUCAUGUUCUCUGUUUAUUUGUUGCUUGAGGUUAAGGAACGGUAGAAACCAGGUUAUGAUUUCCUUCUGUAGAAUGUAGGCUCAAAAUAGGAAAGGGAAGAGAUGGGGGCACAAUAUAUGUAUAAAAUAUGUUCAGUUUCUGGAGGCAGAUGUCCUUCAGUAUAAACUAUUAAAUAAUAAUUUAAUCUAAGGAGAUCCUGGUGUAAGAUUGACUUUUCCUUAAUGAUAUCAGUCUAAUACGUAGGCUAAUGCUAUACUGGCAAUACUGUAAUGCCAGCAGACUGAGGAUAACAGAGUAAAUGAAGUAAUAGUUAGUAGUA